AGGUUUUAACUACACAGACAUCGCGAAAGUUAAACGACUUCAAAUUUAACGUUUAUUAGUUUAGUUUAAUACUAUCUUUGCUGAAUUUGACCAAAGUGUGGAUUCAUUCAUUCAUCAAGUCGGCUUUGUGUAGCCAGUCUCACUGAUCAGUAACGUGUGAAUUCAUUCACCAUGAAGAUUUUGGGUAGCCAAUCUCAUUGAUCACCAAAUUGUGGAUUCACUCAGCAAGAAGGUUUUGUGUAGUCAACCUCACUUAUCAGAAAAGUGAGAAUUCAUUCACCAAGAAGGCUCUGAUCUGUGACACUUGAACCAAAACCACAUGUACAAGAUCUAGCGCCAUGUCCAAGACAAUGCCUUCUGAGCGUAAGACGAUGUUUUCUGAACGAGAUCUAAUUCCAAAGGGAAAUGAAGGUCUUGUUGAGCAAAUCGAACUUAAGGGCAUCACAGAACUUCACUCAGGAACUAACUACUCUAUGGGCUUUGCUCUUGGAACUGACACAGGGGAAGGAAUCGAGAGUGCUCAACAGAGUGGCGUACAUACACUUAUAUUAGGCUCAUUCACAGGAAACAAUGAACUUAUAUUGGCUUUAUUGAACACAGGAAUCGAUGUCAACUGCACAGAUGAAUAUGGUUGGACAGCUCUGAUGUUUGCUUCGGGCAGAGGUCAUAUUCAUGUUGUUGAAGUGCUACUUGCUAACGGAGCUGAUGCUAAUCGCAGGGAACGGGAAGGCUGGACAUCCUUGAUGCUCGCUGCACAGAAUGGACACCGAGAAAUCGCCCACCUGCUUUUGAAGCACGGCGCGCUUGUUGACAACACAUGUGUAAGGGGAAAUACAGCGCUUAUGGUUGCUGCACAGCACGGAUAUACGGAGAUUACAGAAAUAUUGCUGCAAAAUAAAUCUGAUGUGAGCCAUAGCAAUUAUGAACAAAUCACACCUAUCGCAUUGGCUUCCCAACGUGGGCAUUUGGAUACGGUAAAAAUCUUAAUUCAUUAUGCCGCUGAACAAGGUUGUUUUGAUCUUAAAUUUCUGGACUUUCCCUUAACAUUGGCUAUACAGAAUGGACAUGAAAACAUUGUAGAAUUGUUGCUGCAUCAUGCCGCUAACACCAACGAAUCACAUUAUAUGUCCCGUUGUGACGCAUCUGAGGAGAAAUCGGGGGCUACUAUAGCGGAUAAAUUGAAUGUGUGGGCAGCAUCUAACCUUACAAGGUCAUCUAUUAGAAUAUAUGAAGAAAAUAUUAAUCUUUAUCGAAAUGUUUACUUAUCACCGUCAAUUCAAAUAAAUUUUAAUAAAUUAACAUUUCAAAGAUGGAACUGUUCUCUGAUGAGUAAUGGUGUAAGAGACUGGUUCUAUCUGACAAAAAAUAUCCUCAUUGGUGAACUUUUGUGUAAAUCCGAAAUAACACGUUUGGACCCUAAAAACUGGGGCCCCCUUAUUUUAGCAUGUAGCAAUGGGAAUGUAAAAAUUAUGGAAAUUUUACUCACUUACGGUGCUGACAUUGAUGAAGCGGACACAAGGCAAUGGACACCGCUUUUAAUUGCAGCUAGUUCUGGGCACGUGGAAUCUAUGGAAUUCCUGCUGAGUCGUGGCGCCAACGUGAAUCACAGAGCUCAAUACGGCGUCAAUGCAGUAGCAAUAGUUUCAUUUCAUGGUCAUGUCAGGCUACUGGAGGUUUUAUUGCAGUACAAGGCUGAUGUCAAUCUUUAUUUGGAUGACAAAGUCACGGCCUUAAUGCUCGCAACACAACACAACCAUUGCGAUAUCGUUGAGAUACUUCUAAAAAACGGGGCUGAUGUCAAUGCUCAGCAAAGGGAGGAAUGGUCGUCGCUAAUGAUCGGGUCUUUAAUAGGCAGCACUAAAAUUGUAAAGUUAUUAAUAGACUAUAACGCAGACGUCAAUCAAAGAGAGAACGACGGAUGGUCAGCCCUUAUGAUAGCUUCCAAACAGGGACAUUGCGACGUGGUAGAUGUUUUGCUUGAACAUAAAGCCAACGUUGAUCAGGAAGAAUGCAACAAAUGGACGUCACUGUCGAUAGCGUCUUGCGCAAAUUUCCCCGAUGUAGUUGAGCUUUUGCUAAAGCAUGGAGCCCACAUUGACCACACGAAUGCUAACGACGAGACACCUCUGAUGAUGGCUUCCAAACAAGGCCAUCUGGACGUUGUUCGCUGUUUACUCGAACGAGGAGCCGCUGUCAACACCCGCAACAAAGACGGAGAUACAGCUGUGAUGUUAGCCACUAAAUAUAACCACGAGAAUAUUGUAGAGCUGCUAUGCCGGGAACACGCAGAUUUGAAAGGGUGAGUUUCUCAUACUACUGAUGUCAUUGACCUACCUUCGAUAAAGUUAGAUAAGAUAAGAUUUUUUUAUUGAUCGAAACAAAUGGAAAUGUUUUCUGAUUACUUUAUACAGAUACAUUUUCAGCAUAUAAAUAAAUACCUAUUUCGAUAAAGUCACAUUUCACAUUUUCUAACUAAAAACAAUUUCAACAUCUUAAUUAAAUUGAUUCUCUAGUGUAAGAAAAAGCCAAUCAAUUAACUCUCUUUGUCAUAACAGGGACUUAAUUAGUGAUCAUUUAUAUUUUGAGACCUCUGUAACGCUAGUAAAUUCGAACAGAUUAGGAAGGAAACGAAUUUGAUUAAUUUUACAAUACAAUUUUCCUUCAAAAAGUUUAGUUUGUGAGAUGUAUCUACAUCUCUUGUUUAGUCUGUGUAUUCGGUGUUUGACAUCAGACGACAAAUUUCCACACCAGCAGGUAAUGUUGAAAUUAAGUAGGCUUCCAAUUGCUGAACUUGAGAAAAAGUUAAUAAUUUGUUUACGCCGAAAUUUUGCAAUUUUUUUUUAAGGUGGAAAAGUCUUUGUUUGAGUUUUUCAUACGGCGUUUGGCCGUGGUCUGAACAUAUUAAAGUGUGGCAGUUUGUUGGUCGUUGUCAUAUGUCCUUGUUAUUUUUUAUCUUCUUCCCCUGGCAUCCGCCUGUCACAAUGGGACGAUGGUGGGGAUUUCACAGGACGAAAUCCACAAGGCCUGAAAUUAUUAUUCUAGGAUUAUAAGCUGGUUACCAACCGCAAAUCGCCUCUCUCCACGCCACUGGUUAGCCCAAGGGAACAUCAUGUGGGUGAUACGUCUUGGCACAGGUGGCGUCGCAGGAGUUGUGGGAAUGUUUCAUUGUACCAAUGUUAUCUGCCUAGUGGAAUCCAUCUCCGGGUUUCAAUUCAGAAUUUCCUUAACUUAGAUGAUUUUCCAAAACAUGGUUAGUGAGUUCCAUCCACCAGGGGCGCUGGUGAUGAUUUUGCUUAACCGGCAUUUAGGCUGGAAUUGAGCUCAAAUUUCGCUCAGUUGAGACUUGAGACUACUCGGCCAACCGGCAUCAAAUUUUUAUUAACUUGGUAAGUUAUCAGGUUUUUUAAAAAGGCGAAAAUUAUGAUGAUGGUAAUUAAACCCUUUAUAAUUUGCGGUAAGAUAAUAUUUUACGAUAAAGUGUGGUAGUUUGUUGGUCGUUGUCAUAUGUCAUAGUUUACAAAAUUAAACUAAAUUAUUUAAGCAUAGUUAGAAAUAUUCCAAUAAUGCCUUUAGUAAAGUUAAUUUUAAAACAUAAUCACUACAAUACAUCCAUUAAUACAUUGUUAUUUUAAGGCUAUCAUGUUAUAGAUACUGUUGUUUUGUUUUUUGUUUCCAGCCCUACCAGUAAUGAAAAAGAGGACCCCAAAAAUCUCAGGUAAAAAAAAAAGAGGACAUUUUUUUAAAAUUAAACGAAAUGGCUAUUCGCACCCGGGUACAAAAAGUGAGAGGUUGGGAUUAAAAAACUAUUUGAAUGCACGAUAUGUUUGUAAACUUAAUUCUUCAGUUUAACUAAAAUAAACUACCCCAAAUGACAUCCGAAAGCAUUGAGUCUAAACGGACUCUGGUCCGAAUGGCGGCGCUGAGAGUCUGGGUCGUCCAUUUUGAGUAAAUGCUACCCGGAUGUCAUUUGUGGUAGUUUAUUACAGUUAAACUGUGAUUUUUCAACACAUCUUAGAGCUUUGACACCAACUAUUCUUUUAGAUAUCUUCACUUCCUAGCCAAAAAAAAAAAAUAUUAGAAUGUUUUUAUAAAUUCUGUUGCUCACAUGCCAUUUUAUAGGUAAAAAUAUUGAGCAUUUAAAAAAUAGUAUCUCAGAAUUCUAUAUUAUCAUUCCAUAGGAAUGAGUUUAAAAGAUUACUUCAGGUCAUGGGCGCCCGCAGAAAACUUUCUGGGGGGGAGGUGCAAAAAAUCGAUUAACUUUCCAGGGGGGAGGCUGAAAAAUUUUUUUAAUGUUUUAAUAUAGUUUUAAUUUACUGCAGUGUAUUUGUAUGGUGAACGAACGGACAGGACAUCAGCUUAGUUACUUUCUCUUUAUUUUCUCUUUACGUUAAUAAAUUUUUUGUCUAUUUUUGUCUAAACAUUUUUUAUCCAAUCAAUCCAGGGGGGGGGGGUAAAUGCCACCCCUGCCCCUACCUGCGGGCGCCCAUGCUUCAGGUAACAAAAUCUUAUAUUGUAAAAGCCACCUUUUUACUGACUUAUUAGUAAUAUAAUUAAAUAUAAGUUUAAAAAAAAAAAAACAACUUAUGAUUUAUGUCUCACAACCCCACACAGAGCCUCAAUGCCUUCAAGAAAGAGAACUCACCAAACACACUACAUCGAAGCCAAUGAUAAAAUGUUUGUGUAAGUAUUCCACUAAACAAAAUGUGCAGACUUAUUGGGAGAUGGGGCUGAUCAGGUGCAGAUUUUUUGUUGUUGUCUUUCUAGUCUUUGUACCAGUCCCGGGUAUACUAAGUCUGAGUCCAGGCCGGGUAUCAAUUCAGGAAUUAUUUAUAGAACACGAAAAGUAUGUUCCAGUUUUAUCAUAACAAUGUACACAAAUUAAAUAAGUUUAAAACGUGCCGUUUGAUUGGCGAAGUCCGGUUAAUUUCCGGGUGUGUAAUAUUCAGCAUUUCCGGAUGACCAAGUCAUCAACCAGCCCAAGUAGGUAACGAAGGGUGGACUAAACUUCAUUGAUACCAGAUACAUCAUUGGGGUCAGUGAUGUGGUCAACUGCCCUGACGAUGCUACGAAGUGAUAUGUCAUUUGACAGCUUUCAGUUUCUGGACCAUGUGACGGAAUACCUUAUUGUAGCUACGCUUCCUGGAGAGUUCAUCGCGUUGGACUUAACAAGCAAUACGGAAUUUUUGUUGAACUAUGUGGGCACGCCCCUUUGGGCCAAACACUGAAUUGGAUUAGUUGAAAUUAAAAAAAAAUAUGAUAACUAAGAAAUCAAUAGAAAUACUUUGUUUGAAUGAUCUUAGAGUUCCUUCUAAUUCGAACCUGUUUUAUGAUCUUCUCUUUUCACAGAAACAUGUACAUCAUUAGAAAUGUUGAAACUAUUAAUGUGAAGGAAUCCAAAAAUGUGUUAGUAAAAAGAGCAAAAUAUCUGGCCAAUGACCACAGUGAAAUUAAAGUUGAGGGCAGUCCUUUGUUUACCAAGGAUAAAACCACCGAGAAGGAGGAGAAAGAGCAGGCGUCAGCAAGAAGGCUAUAAACUCGCAUUUGAUUUACAAUUUUGUCGUAAGAUACGAAGGCUAUUAACAGGUAUAUGAUUUAGACUUCUCACAAGAUAAGAAGGACUUUAAACUGGCAUGUGAUUUAGAAGUUUCUCAUUAGAUGAGAAGGCUGUGAAGAGGAAAGUGAUUUAGAAGAUUCUCAUAAGAUGAAACUUGAAAGUUAAUGUAAUUGUUUUACAUAUAAA